UGUCACAUGCAGGAAUGAACACAUCAUCAUGAGCGUUCCGACACGAUUGACCUUCGAUGUACUGCCGAUCCCAGACCGACUUGAUCCCUAUGAUCUGCCGCACACGGGAGCCACACCCUGGGUGCCACAGCCAUGGACCCAGUUGCGGGGGGGAGGUGCGGGUCUCACCGCCUGCAUCUUCCGCGAUCGAUUUAGACGCGACUACCCCCACCGCUUCCACGACCAGUAUCGUGCGAGGGAGUUUACACUCCGCCCGACUUCGCCACCACCGUCACCCGACACAGUGGACCAGUGGGAUGACCAGCCCACGCCCACGACACCUGACACACCGGAAUGCUGGGACAGUCCGCCCACACAGGCUCUCAACAACGGCCCCGAGAAGAGCGACGACCAGCCCGAGCCACAGAGACGCGCCGCACUCGACGACUGGGUGGACCACUACUAUGGACCGCCGGAGUGCCGCCACCUAAGAACUACACCGAUGCGCGCUUCGAGCCUGCGGGGGUUGCCUCGUUGGGCGGCCUAUGCAGCACGGGGCGCAAGGGGCCACCCGAAACCCCCCUUCACGAUGCCGCCAGCAUUCCCGGACGACUAUCUUACGCAUAACGAAUAACCCAUAAUAUACUAAUGUUUAUGUAAAAUAAAAAUGACUUUUGAAAUAUUAUUAUUGUAUUUGUUUUUGACACGUGCCACAGUAUUAUUGUUAAAUGCAGUAUUACUCAUUUCUCUUUUUCUCUUUCUGUACUUUCUCUUUUCUGUACUUUCGUUUCAUUUUAACUUAUCAAUGACGGUAUUCAUUCUGAUUUCUUUUUGCUGAUAACGGUUCUUUAAGUUACACGUUAAACUUCUUUUUCUUUCACCUUUACUUUCGUUUUAGUCUCUGCAGAUUCACGUCCACUAAGGAAACGUCCUGUUCAAAAUUUUAAUAAGGAGCAGUCGGAGUCUGCUGUUAACGAUGGGUCAUCGUCCGAUUGCAAGGGGGGGUAAUGUAGACACGAGGUUUACAUUAGUUAAAUCGGUUAAUCAUUUUAUAAACUCCGUUCAAUUACCGGCACAGCAGAUUGGGUCUUGUAAACGAGGAUAGAUUGACGAGUCGCAUGGGAUGUGUGAAAUGGAGUCUACGCAGUUUUGCGGAGGCAAGGCGGUUGCUAAUGUUGUUGUUUGUGUACAAAUUUAG